UGUGUCCCCUCGCUGCGGUCGCCUGGUGCCUGGUCCGGUUUUGAACGCAGAGAGCGAGCGGGAGUGUGAGACAGCGCCGGACUCAACGGUGUCCCGAUGGCGACAGAUAGUGUUGCAGAGUUGGCCGACUCUCUGGCUAAGACCAGAGUAGAGGAUGGAGAGUUGAGCUAUAAAGGCCAGGGAAGAAAGCUGGAUGAUGCCCAAUCAGUGGAGGAGAUGGUCAAGGAAAUCCAGGACUUCGAUGACUUACAGGCUCUGAGGUUGGAGGGAAACACUGUAGGCGUGGAGGCAGCACAGGCCAUCGCCAAGGCCCUGGAGACAAAGAGCAAGUUCAAGCGCUGUUAUUGGAGUGACAUGUUCACAGGUCGCCUGCGCUCUGAGAUCCCAGCUGCCUUGAAUGCACUGGGUGACGCUCUGAUGCUGGCCGGUGCGAGGCUGACCGUUUUAGACCUCAGUGACAACGCGUUUGGACCAGAUGGGGUGAAGGGCAUCGAGAAGUUGCUCAAAAGCAAGGCAUGCUACACAUUGCAGGAGUUACGGCUCAACAACUGUGGCAUGGGCAUCGGAGGGGGGAAGAUCUUGGCUGCUGCUUUGACCCAGUGCCAUAAAAAAUCCAGUGCGGAGGGCCCCCUCGGCCUGAAGGUGUUUGUUGCGGGGAGGAACCGCCUGGAGAACGACGGCGCCACAGCCCUCGCUCAAGCCUUCCAGUUGAUGGGCAGCCUGGAGGAAGUUCACAUGCCUCAGAAUGGCAUCAAUCACCCUGGUGUGACAGCUUUGGCUAAAGCCAUGCAGCACAACGCAAGCCUCCGCAUCCUCAACCUCAACGACAACACCUUCACUGAGAAGGGGGCCAUCGCCAUGGCUCAGGCCCUGAAACACCUCCGCAGCAUCCAGGUGAUAAACUUUGGAGACUGUCUGGUGCGGCCAGCAGGAGCCAUAGCUAUUGCAGAAGCUGUAUCAGAGGGACUACCAAUCCUAAAGGAACUCAAUCUGUCAUUUGGCGAGAUUACAGAGGAGGCAGCUCUGACUGUGGCACAAGCAGUAAAGAACAGGGACCAGCUGGAGAAACUGGAUCUAAAUGGUAACUGUCUAGGAGAGGAUGGCUGCAAAGCUCUGAAAGACGCCAUGGAAGCCAUGAGCAUUGCCGAGCUUCUAGGAUCACUUAGUGACGACGAGGGCGAGCCAGGCGAUGAUGACGAGGACGAUGAUGAUGAGGAAGAAGAUGAAGACGACGAGGAUGUGGAUGAGGAGGAAAUAGAGGAGGAAGAGGAAGAAGAGGAGGAAGAGGAAAGCAAUGGCAACCAGUUGUCCACCCCUGAAUCAGCAUCCCGGCCGCCAGACGUCUCCUCCUUCCUCAGCUUUCCGUCCCCUGACAAACUGCUCAAACUGGGGGCCAAGAGAGCGAUGCUGAUCGAGCAGCAGGUGGAUGUGUCAGAUGCUACAAAAACAGCUGAAGCCUUCCUCAAGAUUGCGUCUGUGUACAAGGAGGAGAAUAAUGAUGUUAAGAAUGCAGUGUUGGAGAGCAUUGAUGCUCUUCUGAAGAAAGCCUUUGCCACUCCGUCUUUCCAAGGCUACAACUUUGUAUCAUCUUUGUUAGUGCUGCUUGGACUUCUGAAGAGCGAGGACAAGGUAAAGCCUGUGCUCGUGGUUCCCGGCCACCUCAACGCCUUGGAGCACGUUGUUAGACAGGACUACUUCCCCAAAGAGAACGUGGCCGUGCUGCAGGCCUUCCUGUCCCGAAACAACAAGGCUCUGGAGUCAUGUGGCAACGCCAGAAACAGCCUCCAGUCAACACUGCAGAGAGUCCGAUCUGAGGGCUGAGGACUGUGGAAACACACAAAAGCAGACACACAGACUGAACUUUGACUGAUCACUGAUGGACUUUUGGAAACUAGCACACAUGAACUCAAAUAUUAAGCAAAUAAAGCUGAGCAACACUUGAGAAGAAGAGACUCAUUCACUCAUCUGCAUCAACGCUGUUCUUCACAAGUUCAGCAACAAACUUCUUUCUGGACUCUGGACAUGGCUUGAAUGCUUUGUGUUUUGAAGUAGACUAUGCUCUUAUGGUGUGGACUCACUGAAGUGCUUUGUGUACACUCAUAACCACAGGACAGCACUGACAACUUGGUCUUCUUGAGCUUUGUGUUCUGGUGAAUUAGACCCCACUCCCCACAUAAACUUAGAUCUGUGUGUCCUGGUUAGAGACACCUGACUUACGGACGCACAGAUAACACUUUGGUGCAUUGAUCUGGGCUCGUUAUUGCACAUUUUAUUAUAUAUUUCAUGUAAACCUUUUACUAUUCUGUUGUUUUAUAUUUAAUGUUUAUUGAAUUCGAUAAUAUGGUAAAAACAUUGGCGUUAUUAAAAUAUCUAUUGACAAUAAAUAUAAUAAAAAAAAUAAGACUGUAAAGUACAAUGGAACAAUCAAAAGGGACUACAUGUGUUUAAAUGUAUUUUCUGCAUUUAAAUGGGGCACAAGGUUCAAAGUUUGGGGAAUUGUUUUGCAAAAUAAAGCUGG